AUGCUGGCUAGGCCGACUAGAGCUCGUAUUGACUGCAAUAGCAUCUGCACAACAGUUUUUAGGGUCGACGGUUCCGGUCUGUCUGGACCUGUGGAAAAGCGUCUAGACGGACGAACCACCCUCAUGUGGUUGCCGGCUUGGCUCCUCUUUGGAGCAUCGGUCAAUGUGCACAAAGCAACCAGUCCUCGAGUUCCUCUUUUUUUUUCUCCUCCAGGGCUUUGUCGGAAAGGCCCUUGCCUUUAUGUUGCCAUGCCCACACGGUGGAACGAAUUUGCAUUUUUUACAGACCCGGUUUCAUUGAGCUGUAAUCUAUUAUAA